AGUCCUUACACAAUUAAGAGAACGAACACCAUUAAGUAAUUUAAUAGAGACUGCCUGUUGCCUAUUUGUCUCGUUAUUAUUGUUUGUGCUACGGCUACGGAACGGAGAAUUGAAGUCUUAUCUUGUUAUUCUGCUUUACAUAGGCCUAGUUCAGUUCAUUUAUGUUCUUUAAAGGUCUGGUUUUGAAAAAUGGAUGAUUCUGAGUGUGGUUCAAUAGUUGAAUUGGCUAAAAGUAACUCAGAUAGCGGGAUUGACGGUUUCCUCUCCGAUGGUAGCACUUCAUCAAGCAAGUCUGAUCGCCUUACUGAGACUUGUAAUUUAGAUAAGAAUUCUCAUGGCAAACAGUGCACUUCAUCAAUUAAGUCUGACCGCCUUGCUCAGACUUGCAUUUUUGAGAAGAAUUCUCAUGGCAAACAGUCAAAACAGUUGUCUAAGCCCCACCAUUGCUCCCUGAGUCAUUACAGCAUAUCUGGAAGAUGUAUCGAAACACUUAGCCCAAAAACCUUUCGCUACCUUUCAAGUUGUGUGAGAGUACUCGAUUUAAGUAAUAACAAAAUCAAAACCUUACCAGAAACCGUAAGCGAACUACAAAAUCUCCAAGAGAUAAAUUUGUCUUGCAAUCAAUUGGUCAAUUUGCCCGAUUCAUUUGCAAAACUUCAAAAGUUGCAAACCCUGAAUCUGUCUGAAAACAUAAUUUGUGAGCCACCUCGAUGUUUAGAGUUUGGUCUUGAACGAUUAACCCACUUAGACUUGUCAAAAAAUGGCAUAACUAAGUUUCCUAAAUCACCCAAAUGUUCUCCACUACUUCAGUGUUUGAACUUGAGCCAUAACGACAUAAACUUAUUGCCUUUGUGGCUACUUAGCGAAGAGUGCCGUGCCAUAGAGGAGUUGGAUGUCUCUUUCAAUUUCUGCUUCGACGAUCCCGCUUUGGAAAGAAGAUUACCACUGUUAAAACACCAUCGCACGUCUGCACUCAAGAGUCUGAAGAAACUUUUGAUAAACAACACUGGAAGCAAACCAGUCCAUUUGUUUGCCCUAAAUAGUUUUGAAUCUUUACAACACGUGCAUCUAGGAAAUCUCCCUGGCUCCAAGGAGUCAGAAAACUACAUUACAGACUUGGAUUUGAAAUUGUUUUACGAUCCCAAUAACAUCCUAGAACUUCAUCUGCCGACAGUAGGACUAGCCUUAUUGCCUGAGAACAUUGACAGAUUCAAGAACCUACAAGUGUUGGAUGCUUCAUACAACAAGCUGGAUUGGCUUCCAGACAAAAUAGUAACAUUGAAGUUCCUUAGAGAGUUAAUACUUUCAGACUGCAGCCUAUCACACCUUCCAUCUAACUUCAACGAACUGAAAAGUUUGGAGAAGCUAGUUCUUGACCGUAACCAGCUCACAGAUGUUGAGAAGUGUCUUGAUGAGUUGCCUAGGCUGGCGUAUGUAGAUUUGUAUGACAACCUUCUGGAGAGUCUUCCUAUCUCGCCUGAUUGUUUGCCAAACAUUCAAAUGGUGGACUUUGCUUUCAAUUUUGUUAACCUAGAAGAAGCAUUGGAUAAAGAUGUUAAUGGAGAGAAUCUUUUUAACAUUUACUGUCAUCAACAAGAGAGAUUAAGGUCAUCAUCUGCUUCCAAACAGAAGAGAUACAGUGAAAGGAAAAUCCAAAACAUUGCGGCCAGUUUUGAGAGUUUAGAGUCUGAAUUUCGUCAUUACACGAGUGAAUCGGAGAGUGAUGCUGGCAUCCCAGAUGAAAUCUUCUUAGGGGAACCUUGCAACAACGGGAUGAAUGUAGAUGAAAAUUGGGAUUUGGACAGCUGUGAUGAAUCAGAUUACUUUGAUUGCGCAAGUGUGCCCAGGUACAGCCUGCCCCUAGGGUACAUCUUCGGGUGGACUCCCCCAGUCAAGCCGAAGGAUUGCCAGGUACCCAUUAAUCAGCAGGCGUCUGGCUUCCUGUUCAUUCCUGGACAGCUGCAUCAGAGGACCACGGUGAGGAAGCGUCGUCGGGAGGACCUCCCAGUGGUCGAUGGCCAGUUUGAUGAUGCUUGUGUGGAUACAUAUGCGGGUUUACAGAGCGGCAAAACAUUGAUUGCCUUGCUGGAGAAGAUGCACAUGUUUGUCCGGAACCCUGCAGGGAUGAGGACUAGGAGGCGCUGCAGGACCCACGGUCAAUACGAUUUUUGUUGUUGCCCUGGAGUGUGGUUUCAGCUCAGCCCUCCGUUCAGCUUCAUCAUUCCAUCCUCCUCGGACAUGUGAUUGUACUUUGUGUUUGUGUUAUUGUUCUCACUGAUAGUGUUUCUGUUCUGUUGGUAGUGUAGGUGUUGAGCUAGGUUAGGUUAGGAUCGACUAGAUUCUGAAGUAUUCCCGUUCGGUAAGGUAGGAUUUGUGUUUGUCGUUGAAAUUAUUCUGAAUUGAAUGUGUGAAUGACAUGACAAUCAUUAACAAUUCGGCAAAGCCAUGUAAAUUAUUGUUCACUUCAGUGCCAAUUUUAUGUUUAUUCGUUGUGUGUAAACUGUGUAAAGUAAAGGUCUAUAGUGUUUGUCAUUUUCAAUGAUUGUUUGGAUUUUGAUCUAUGUUUUGUUCAUGUCUUGAAGUCUUGUCUGAAUUUCCUUUGUAUGAAAUUACCUAUAUAGUAGAGCCUAGUAGGCCUACAAAAUUUAAAGAAAGAAAAGUGUAUGUGUGUGUUAUGUAAUUUUCAGUGUUUAAGCUGAGGUAAGAAUGAUUUGAUAAAUUUGUUUGCACACUUUGAUUUUGUUGUGCUAUUUCUUUGCUAGAUUUAAGAGUGCACAUUUUUUAUUUGAAGCUCAAGUCAUUGGGCAGUUUGUAUAAAAAAUGUACAGUUUGCUAAUGCUAUGUAAAUAUGUCUACUGCGGAAAAAAGAUUACAUUUUGUAUUGUGUUAAGUGUAAAUCAAACUGUAUGUAUUUUUGCAUAUUGGAAAACAUUUUAUAUUCACAUUUUUAUACAUCAGAUUUGAAAGAUGUUUUAAAAGUACUAUUUUUAUAGAUUUAUGAACAGUUAAAACUUCUCUGUGUCCUUAAAUUUUGGUCCCUGUUCUCUCACAUGUAUCUAGUUCUAGAUGGGACCUGUUCACUGUUUUAAGUGCUGGUUUUGGUUGUCACUAGAUCUUUAAUUAGGGUACACUUUAUAAUGUCAUUAAUCUAUAUCCUUCAACAUUUAAAACUUUAUUUAGAUACUGUAUUAUUUUACGUCAUACAAAUCAUGAUAUAAAAAAUAUGUAGUUUUUAACAACAUUCAGGCUAUUUAAAGUUUUUAUGUUGAAAUUUAUUUGCAUUGUCAGGCAGCGGUUUACUAGACACUAGUUUGUGUUAAACAGUGCUUGUUGAAGCUGAAACCUACAUCCUAUGACCUCUCUUUACUACUAUAACCUCUUCUCCCAAGGAAAGCUUUCUGCUCAACUAAAAAAAAAUUAGUAAAGCAAGAAAUAAUUUGUUAAACAAUAUUUAGAAAAAGUAUCCUGUUCAACUACUUACCUUUUCAA